UUCGGCACCGCGAUUGCCCAGCGGCCGCUCCCCCGGGGCAGCGCCGCCGCCUAGCUCCAGCCGGUCCCUGGCGGGGGCGGGAAGCUCCGCUCCCAGCCUCCCCCGAGCGCCGCCCAGCGGUCACGGUGUGCGCCUUAUUCCCCUGCCCGCCCGGGUGCAGCGAGGUUUGCGCUCUCCCCAGCCCGGAGCGCGGCGGGGCUCUUGCCGGAGCAGGUGCGGGGGGGCCGGCGGGGGCGCCGCGGAGGAGCCCCGCUGCCCGGGAAGAUGCGGCUGGGCUGGAGCAAUUAUGAUAUUAAAAAUAAACACUGAUCGACCCUUGCCUUUCUUUGGAUGCUGAAAAUGAACAAAAGACUUCUCUUGAAUCAAGCUAAUGUUAAAAAGCUAUAAGUGUGGAACAAGGGUCUUAACAGAACAGCGUGGAUAUUUUUUAUGAUCCUGAAAAUCUCUCACAUGAUCACCAAACUCAUCAAAGUUCUGCUCUUUCACUUUAACAAUUAUAUUCAGUGUCACAUUUGAUCUGCAAAAGGGGUGGAAGGGGUUGUCAUUGUUGAAUGCCAUGCUAACUAACUCUGUCUGCAGCCCCACCGAAGAUCUCAAAUGGUGUGGAAUGCCUGUGCAUCAGGACUCAAUUUCCCGCUCUCAAAACCUUGCGAAGUUAUCAGGACUUCUGUUAGCAUCAGUGUGUGCUUGGUAUUUGGGAUACCUGUUUGCAGAUAUCAUACCUGAAGAUUCGAUGUCAUCAGCUAUUGAAAAUAUUCAGAGAAUUGGAGAGAAACCAGUACUUAAGGCCCCACCCCCCAAAAGACAGAAAUGUGACCAUUGGUCUCCGUGCUCACCUGGAAGCUAUGCUUAUCGAGUACUCAGUGGUGGUGGCAAGGAAAAGUUGGCCAAGAUUUGUUUUGAAGAUGAGUUGCUCAUAAGUGAACAGAAGGGUAAUGUUGGAAGAGGUAUAAACAUUGCCAUUGUGAAUUAUAAAACAGGAAAAGUUAUAUCUACAGAGUUUUUUGACAUGUGGGAAGGAGACUUCUCGGGACCCAUGACUACUUUCAUUAAAAAUGCACCUCAAGGGUCACUUCUCUUGAUGGUGACCCAUGAUGACGGAAGCAGCAGAUUAAAGGAUGGUGCAAAAAAAGCAAUAGCAGAGCUUGGCAGUAAAGAAAUAUGGAACUUGAAGUUCAGGUCAAGCUGGGCCUUUAUAGCUGCCAAAGGUUUCAACCUACCAGAUAACAUUCAAAAAGAAAAGAUCAACCAUUCUGAGAAUAUCAAGAACAGAUAUAACGGCUGGCCAGCUGAAAUCCAGAUAGAAGGACCUUCAGAUGGGGAGAUAUCAGAACAAUUAGAUAUCUGUGCUGCAUAAAACAAUAUUUUACACUGAUCAAUAACUAAUUCUCUGGGUCCUGAAUGUGACCUCAUGUAUUUGAUGCUACCAAUCUCAAAGUAGAAAGUUUUAUUGCGCUAUUAGAAGAAAAAAAAUACAGGAAAGGAAAAACAUUUAAUAACCAAAGGGUCCUGCUUUGAGCAGGGGGUUGGACUAGAUGACCUCCUGAGGUCCCUUCCAACUCUGAUAUUCUAUGAUAAGUGUAGCAAAUGCCAUCUAUGGCACACCCUGAUACCCUUACUUACAGCUUACACACUCUUUGCUCAGGCACAAGUCCCACUGAUUUAAGUCCGAUUGAAAGAAUAGCAAGUGAAGCAGCACUCUCGGGUAUGCAUAAUGCUUGUUUAGAAAUGAGCAGGCAGGCUCAAAAGUUCCAGCCAUUUUGACUAGCUGCAGCUGAAAUGCUGAAAGAGACUAGAAAUAAGGGGGUUAAUGUUGGAUCUCUUGUAUAACAUUCCAGCGAGAACAGCUUGUCCAUUCCUAGAAACAUUAACUUUUGGUUUCAUUUCUCCACUGAAAUGUAAGACAGCAAAACUGUAUGUAACCCUUCUGCCCCUCAGAGUUAGCAGCAACAAGGGCAGGAUUCAGUAUCUAGGGGUUCCUUUUCAAUAACACAAGGCAAAACCAGCUCAAGCCCCCAUCCAGUGAGCUGGGACAAUUACAUACCACCAUCCCCACCCCUCCAGGUGCCGCUAAAAGGCAAUACUUCCCCUCUCAUAAGCACCGAGUCUGAGUAUAGCAAAAGCCUUUUAAUAAAGAAGGGAAACAAUGUGGGAUUAUGUGGGGAAACACCACAAACAAGAUUCAUAACAUAAACCAUGAGCAAAAGAUCCACCCCCAAGUAAGUUUGGCAGUGUCCUUUUCACCUCAGGGUCUUAAGUCCAGCAACCCAAAUGUCACCCCACCCAUGGUUUUUGCCCUUGGUCAGUGCAACCUCAAAGUUCAGAAGUUCAUCUGCAGAGUUUACCUCCCAGCCUGAGGGGAAGGGGGGGAGGUAUGGGAGCACCUUACAUGCUCUGCUGAUCGGGUUGACGGCCGAUUGCCACGCCUCUCUGUGGGGUUCUGCUGCAGUCUUCACCUCCAGUCGUGCCUCUCCACCAGCUGUCCUGCUAGCCGCUCACCAAUAAUGUCAGCCCCCGCUACUUAACACAGCUCUCAGUGAUUUCAGCUCUUAGUAACUUUAGCUCUUUAGAGUGGUAGCCAUGUUGGUCUGUAUCAGCAAAAACAAUGAGGCGUCCUUGUGGCACCUUAGAGACUAACAAAUUUAUUUGGGCAUAAGCUUUCGUGGGCUAAAACCCACUUCAUUAGAUGCAUGGAGUGGAAAAUACAGGAACAGGUAUAAAUACAUGAAAAGAUGGGAGUUGCCUUACCAAGUGUGAGGUCAGUCUAACGAGACAAUUCAAUUAAGAGUAGGAUACCAAGGGAGGAAAAAUAACUUUUGAAGUGGUAAUGAGAGUGACCCAUUUCAAACAGUUGACAAGAAGGUGUGAGUAACAGUAGGGGGAAAUUAGGUUUAGGUUUUGUAAUGACCCAACCACUCCGUCUUUAUUCAGGCCUAAUUUGGUGGUGUCCAGUUUGCAAAUUAAUUCCAGUUCUGCAGUUUCUACUGUCCUUGAUUCAUGUAACCAAGAUAACAACACUUUAUUACUCCUGCCCCAAUAACAAAGAGACUGGGGAUCCCACAGCAGCCAAAGUGACCAUUUGGGCCAACAGUCCCAUCAUGCUAGGCAGGGUGGGUGCACUCAUGCAAAUGAGAUCAGCCUCUGAAGUCCUUUUCCACAGCUCACCAUCAGAUGUCAGGGUAGAGCUCAUUCUGACUCUGCUUACAUGUAGUUAUAAGGGAUACAGUAUGAGAAGGCUGUUUAACUGAGGGAGAUUCACAGCAGCAGAAGAAAUGGUAGAAUCAUUUGAUUCCCCUGUAUUAAAUGUUUUCAGUUGCGCUGUCAACAAUUCUUUUAACUUAGACAAGUUUUUUUAUAUAUAUAAAGAGUAAUAGGAUGGGCAUUGGAGGUGCAAGCUUAGGGAAUACAGCAGAAUUGAGCUACUAAAGGUGAAGGUUACAAGUUACUUUAUAUAUUUCUUGCUAUAAAGGUUAUCUGUAGUAUCAGUUCAUCCUGUUUGUUCCAUCAUAGCCUCCUCAUAGCUCAGUUGCAAGUCUAAGGCAGUAAGUCUUUCCAUUUCUCCUAAUGAAUUCAUUCUUUUGAGUCACAUUUCCAUAGAAGGGUAUUUGAUUUUGCACCCAUAGUACUGAAAUACAGUUGUCAGCUGCAUUUGGGAGAUUUCAAAUAUAUGACCUGUUAGACUGAACUAAGGCAGAAAGACAUCUGUGUGGGCCAGUCUGAUACUUUUACAUUGGAUACUACCUUACUCUGCAAAAACUCCAAGUGAGAUCAAUGGAGCUACUUCUGGAGUAAGGUUCUACUCAGCUUGAGUAAAGGCAUCACAAUCUGGCCUAUACUGGCUAUUUUAAAAGACUGAAAUAAAUUAAAUUCUAAGAACUGUUCCUAUGAAGGACAAUAAUGAAACCACCACUAACCAAACUGAUACAUGAGCUUUUUAUGUUUGACAAAAAUUGGCUACCCACUAUGUUUCAGUCAAAGCUAAUGUGUGUAUUUUAAACCAUCUGCUUCUGAGCCCUGGUUUACACUACGAGUUUAGGUCAAAUUUAGCAGAGUUAGAUCAAUUUAACCCUGCACCCAUCCACACGACACAGCCAUUUGUGUCAACUUAAAGGGCUCUUAAAAUCGAUUUCUGUACUCCUCCCCGAUGAGGGGUUUAGCACUGAAAUCAACAUCGCCGGGUUGAAUAUGUGGUAGUGUGGAUGCAAUUAGACGGUAUUGACCUCCAGGAGCUAUCCCAGAGUGCUCCAUUGUGACAGCUCUGGACAGCACUUUCAACUCAGAUGCACUAGCCAGGUACACAUGAAAAGCACCGGGAACUUUUGAAUUUCAUUUCCUGUUUGGCCAGCGUGGUGAGCUCAUCAGCAGAGGUGACCAUGCAGUCCCAGAAUCGCAAACGAGCUCCAGCAUGGACCGAACGGAAGACACUGGAUCUGAUCGCUGUAUGGGGAGACGAAUCCGUCUCUGGCAGAACUCUGACA